UUGGCGGGAGCGGAGCGGCGCGGCGCGGCGGGGGCCGCGGCCUGCAGUGCGGGCUCCCGGCCGGCUUGAGGGGGCGCUGCGCCGGGAGGCCCGCGUUGGGAAGCGGGGAGCGCGUGCCGGCUGCUGCGGGUCCUCCCUCUCGAGCGGGCGCCGGAGCGGCAAAGCGGCCCGGUCUCUCCCUUCCCGGCGCUCUGGCGGCGCUGCCCGCGGGGGUCCGGACGGGAGAGGCCAGCCAGCGCCGCCAUCAUCGUCAUGAAGGACUGCGAGUAUCGGCAGAUCCCGCCGGGCACCCCGGCUGCCCCCACCACCUCGGGACCCCCGACCUCCGUCGCCGCCAGCACCACCCCCGCGACUCAGGCUUCCCGGCCCCGCCGCAAGUGGGAGGUCUUCCCCGGGCGCAACCGGUUCUAUUGUGGUGGGCGCCUCAUGCUGGCGCGGCACAGCAGCGUUUUCCUCCUCACGGUCGGCCUCAUUGUGGUCACCAGCGGCCUCUUCUUCGCCUUCGACUGUCCAUUCCUGGCUCAUAACCUGACCAUGGCCAUUCCUAUCAUUGCUGGCAUCCUAUUCUUUUUUGUCAUCAGUUGUUUGCUACAAACCAGCUUCAGAGAUCCUGGUAUUUUGCCCAGGGCCACCCCCAGUGAAGCUGCAGACCUGGAGAAAUGGAUUGACAGCCUCGGCACUUCCACUUAUCGGCCACCUGCCCGAACCAUGGAAGUUGUAAUAAACAAGUAUAUGGUGAAAUUGAAAUAUUGCUACACGUGCAAAAUGUUCCGUCCUCCCAGGACUUCCCAUUGCAGUGUCUGUGACAACUGUGUUGAACGAUUUGAUCAUCAUUGUCCCUGGGUAGGCAACUGUGUGGGGAAGCGGAACUAUCGAUUCUUCUAUGCCUUCAUCCUUUCUCUCUCCUUCCUAACAGCCUUCAUCUUUGCUUGUGUCAUCACCCAUCUUGCUCUGCGCUCCCAGGGAAAUGACUUUCUCACUGUUUUGAAAACAACACCAGCAAGUCUGUUGGAAUUGGUGAUUUGUUUUUUUUCAGUCUGGUCUAUUUUUGGCCUCUCAGGGUUUCACACUUACUUAAUUGCCUCCAAUUUGACAACCAAUGAGGAUCUCAAGGGGGCAUGGUCAAAUAAGAGAGGCUCUGAAUUCGCCAACCCUUAUAGCCAUAAAAGUGUCCUCACCAACUGCUGUGCAGUGCUCUGUGGACCAUUUUAUCCCAGUUUAAUAGAUAGAAGAGGAUUUAUCCAGGCAGAUGCUGGGACUCCGUCCACUCCUAAGAGUGAAAUCCCUUCCUUUGGAACAAAAUCUGAUGCCAGCAUGGUAUGAGCCAACACUUUAGUGGUGCUGACAUACAUAACUUGUGCCUACCUCCAGCUGGUGCCUCUUCUCCAUUUUACCUUUAUCUGGGCUCAGGCAGGACAGCCUCAUGGAGCAGACUUUCCAGAGUUCCUACUCAAAACAUAGGCCACCAUCUCUUGCAUUGAUUUUUAAUUGGUUUGAUUUUUACAUUUUGGGACUUAACCUGGAUAUUGUGGACUGCUGCGGUUAAGCCUCUAGGCAGGACCUGUUGUCAUCUUGAGAUAGAGGGUUAAAAGACUCAGAGCAGAGAGUGCAGCUGGUUGGGAGAUGCCAGCUUCAUGAGAACUGUCCUUUUUCAGAGGUUUGUAGAAAGGAUUGGUAGAAAAAGGCAUAGUACUUUGCAAAUGAGACUGUUAUAACAAGACAUAAUCACCUCCUAAAUUCUUCUGCAUACUGUUUGCUCCUCAGUGCAGUGGACAGUUUUGAUGUUACACUGACUGUCCUGCCAGUCUGCCUGAAUAUUGCAAAGAAUAACUGAGCUUCCUUAAACUGAAAGAGAGAGACAUGACUCAUUUGAGGACACAGCACUCCUUGCCUUACCAGCAAGGACUGCUUGCUGACCAAGUUAGCCUGUUUUGUGAGCUUAGAGCAAAGAGUAGAAGAUCCCUAGAAAAGAUCAUGAACAAAUCUGCAGGAUGAGAAGCAGAAAAUUAUUUCUCACUCUGGGAAUUGACUCACGGUUGUCAGCUGAAUCAGGACCAGGACAAUAAGCCUGUAGAGGUUAUUUGUUUAAUGGUUGGACGAAAAUUAAAGAGAUCAAUCUGAGAUUCUUAAAUUAUGUCGGUCCAAAUGAGUUGUACUCACCUGGUGCCUCUGGACAGCUGAGCUAUUUUCGUAUUGGGUUUGAAGAUUUGUACAAGUAAGGCCUGUUGAGUAAAGGUUGAUUCAGCAAAACCUUCACAUGAAGGUUUCUCAUGUUACAAGCAUUAUCCAAAACAGAAUUAUUCCUAUAAGAAGUCUUAGUCUAUCCACUUGUACCUCUGAUCUGUUAUUUAAACAAGGAGGGAGGGAUCCUGUUUCUUCUUGCUGAAAUUUCAUACAGUCCUUCCCAUCCUGCAGCAUGAGAGAGCCCUUGUGUAUAGAGGAAAGAUAAAGACACAGAUACUUGAAAUGUGUUUAUUAAAGCUGCUGGGAAUUUUUGCACAAGUUUUAUAAUUUUUUUCUAGUGACUUUAUUUUGUCUUCUUAAAAAGUGUUUUUGCUAUCUGUAAACCUGUGCUCAGAAGGGUUUUUUUUAAAAUAGUGUUAUAUGUUAUUCCCUGGAUUUUACCAGCCAGUAGAGGAAAAUGGGGAGUCUGAAGAACUUGCUCAUCCAAGGUGUUAGAUUUCAUCUCUUGUACUCCAAAACAUCUAGAGGCUGCCUGGAUGGGUUAAUCAGCUAUGCAAUAAGAUUCUCCCUUAUUUGAACCUUUGAAAACUGGGUUUCAGGAGAAAUUGAAUACGAUUUUACGUUUCCAAGGAAACAAGAUCAAGCAUGUAAGUGUACCUUUCUCCACCUUGCUCCUGCAGAGGAAUUGAGAAACAUCCUUUUUUAAAUGAAAAAAAAAAACUGGAAUCAGUGUGGUCAUACCUCAGGAAUUUCCCCACCAUUCCCACCAUUCUGCCAGUUUAUUCCACACAUGCUGUUGCGGGCUGUGUUUUGAGUAGCUCCAACAUAUUCAACAGUGGAAACCAUCCACUACUCCAGGCACGUGGCUGACUUUGUCAGGAAGAUUGAUAAAGGUAUUUUAAAUUGAGCAGUAAGUUGCCCAAGUCCUUUAAAUUGAAUCAUGACAACUCGUCUGUAGGUGUAUUUUUUCAUCCUUCUAAAAAUGUUUGAUGUUAAUAGAAGGAAUUAAUCUGUCCUAAGUUGGAGCACCUCAUGAAGAAGAUCAUAGCCAAUAAUUGCUAUGGCAUUUCUUUCCCUGUUUUAUAUUUUAGUUGGUUGGUUUGACAGAUUAAAGUUAUAAGAAUGGGAAGUGCAUACCGCCAGUGCUCCCUUUCUAAGGUUUGAAUCUGAUCUUAAAAUUAGCUGAGGCGUUAGGCAAGAGCCAUACUCAAGAGGCUCUGAUGAGGUGCAGAAACUUCCAUGGCAGCUUCCAACAACAGAAUGUGGCUGCUGGAAUAUGUGAUAUAUUUGCAUUAUAUUCUGUUAGAUGUCACACCUAAGAAAGCCUCUGUAUAUUGCUCUCCCAGAAGUAUUGCUGAUCUCAGGACUCCACUUUCUGAUCACUAUAGGGCAUAGUUCUCUUUCUGAGACACUGUUACAAAGGCUUUCCCAAUGGUAUGCUGGCUGAUACAACGGAGAGGUAUUUUUAUUCUGUGCCUCUUAGAUAAGUGCCACGGUUGGGGUAUUUUAAUAAUAACAGGCUUAAAGCUAGAUGUUGAGUCUGCUGUAUCACCAGUUCUGCCCUGUAAGAUCCCGGGACUCAGUGGAGAGAAUAUCUGUCUCUGCAGUACUGUAUUCGGUCACCUUGCAUGUUUCUGAGCAGCUGAGCUGCUCUUGUUCCCAGAGCAGCCACUUUCACUGCCCUCAACUGGGUUGCUGCUUUUCUAGAAAUAGCCUUACCUAUAACCACUCACAGGUGAGAGGUUGCUAAUGGAGCCCAAAUGGAUCUUGGAGCUGCAGCAGGUGCUCAAAAUACUGUGGUUUUGCUCUCGAAAGGUUUUUUAUAACUUAAUUCUUUCAGAAAUCUAAUCAAGGGAAGGGGAGAAGAUAGUUCUAGAGGAGUCUUAUAGAUUGGUCAUGAAAGGAGAAAGCUGUUCUUGUUGAGGAAGAGUUCGUGUUGCCCUGUAAGGCAUUAUUGUGUAACUUGGCGGGGAAGAAGGUAUAAGCAGUGUUCCGUUUGGCUGGGGAAACACUCUUACGAUGACUAAAUCAGUCCUUUACUGUCUGCUUUUGUAAUAAAAAAAUAUUUUUUACAGAGCUAA